CUUCAGUUAGAUGGUCAACUUAUACGAGGGACUUCUUUUCCUCGCGUGGUAAACAAAAGUUGUCUUUUUUUUCCCCGGAGAAAAGUCAAACGGGGGGGCGCCAUGGAGACCUCUGAAAUUUCAACAAUCAGUCAGCCUUCCCGGAAGACAAACUUCCAAUCGAUUGAAGAGUUCAUGAGAGAGCAGGAUGAACUAGACGCCAUCAAGCUCGCGGAAGCAAAAGCUCGGGCUGAAGCAGCAGCUCCUUCUAAGAAGGCCAGGAAGACAAUCGACAUUGAGGCAUUGGCGUUGGAAGCACGUGCUCUCGAAGAGAUUGGAGAGACCAAUUGGAUUGGUAGACUGCAUGAAUACCGCAGUGUGCAUCCUCCUACCACUGGGUUGAAGUACGUAGAUGGUGUUGUUGGCCAGGCGCCUGCCAGAUUCACCUGCAUAGCAGCCUUAGCUGAAAGCCCCCAGCCAUUCGGCGACGCGGUAUCUUUCACCAAGAAGAAAGACGCCAAGCAGUACGCGUCCAAGAAAGCCAUCGACUGGCUGAUCGAGAACAAGUUCAUGCCCGUGGACCAAGUCAAGUUCCCGAAGAAGCAGCCAAAAGCGGUAAGCCAAGCAGCAGCCGGAACAGCCAAGGCUGCUGCUGCUGCUGCUGCUGCUUCUGCUCAAGAAGACAACGCUAUCCCAGCUGCCCCGCCUUCGAAAUCGACAUCGACAUCUUUUGCGGGACAGAUCCCGGAUCUCUGCAUCCGUCUCGGUUUCAACAUGCCCAAGUAUGAGAUCACGCGAGCAUCGGAGAUCGCACCGCUGUAUUCCGGCUAUGCUCAUUUCAACGGCGACCCGCGAAUCGAAGGCAAGGUAGGAGAAGUUUUUGAUGUCUUCGGGCAGAAAAAUGCCAAGGAGAAGAUUGCCGAGGAGGUCUUUUCGUUCCUGAAGGAUAUUGAAAGGCAGAGGAUGGCUCUUUAUGAAGAUGAUGCGGAAGAAGAAGACAGGAAAAGGAAGCGUUCGAUGGAGAGCCCGGAGGUUGGUAACACUUCCGGAAAGGCUAUCAAAGCCCAGGCGUGAAGUGUUUGGGGCUUGGUUACGAAUAAUGAGAUUAGAGUG